UCCAAAAUUACCAAAAAUUAAUAAAAAUGUCUUCAGACGAAGAUGACUACAUGUCCGAUGCAUUUCUUAAUGGAUUAACCGAAGUCCGUCCAAGUCUCAUCCAAGAUCGUGGAAAAAAACGUCAAGUUCAAAUUGAAGCCAAAAAGGUAGAAUUUAACAAAAAACCAAAAAUCAAUCAAAGCAAUGAACGUCUGCAAGAAGGUCUAAAAUGUCCAAUUGAAAGCGAGAACAAGGGCUUUAAACUAUUGGCCAAAAUGGGUUACAAGCCAGGAGAUUCACUUGGAAAAUCUUCAACUUCUGGCAUAAAAGAACCAAUUGGUAUCAAUGUAAAGUCAGACCGUAGUGGAUUUGGCAGAGAAGCUGCUUUGAAAGAAAUUGAAACCAAGAGACGAGAAAUUCGUGCUAAACACUUACAACGCCAAAUAAACGAACCAGAAGUAACUCCGGAAGAAUAUCGACGACGAAUGACUGAAAAGGCACAGGAGCGUUUCGUAGAGAGUGCAUUAAGAAAAUGUCAAAAAUCUUGCGAAGAUCUUGACCACAAAGCAAAUGUUGAUGAACCACAUUUAAAGUGGUUCUGGCCGGAUAGAACUCCCCCACCAGCUGAAGAUGAUAAAUCUGAAGCUGUAGAAGAGGAAGACGAAGAAGAUGAUGACGCUUUCGAGUAUUCUGCAGCUGAAAAACUAGAAAUGCUAACCAGUUAUAUGCGCACAUCCUACAACUAUUGCCAUUGGUGUGGCGUCCAUUACAAAGACUUGGACGACUUGGAUAGCAAUUGUCCUGGUCUAACAAAAGAUGACCAUUAGUUAAGAAAUUUGUUUUUAAUUUAAAUCAGUAUAUAAAACAACAAAAUUAUAUAUAAAAAAAGAAUAUUUUAUAAAGUAUGUUGCACUUGGAACACUCA